CAGUUUCAUCAGCGGACAAGUUAAUAAUGCAUGCAGUCACCUUCAUCCUUAGUAUUUAAAUGUUAUCAUUUUUACAAUCGAGUCAUUAUUUAACUAACUUUACGCGAGCUAACUCUUUAUCGAACCGGAAUAUUCUAAUUAAAAAAUAAUUAUGAAGUUUUAUAUUUUUAUUGGAUUAUUUUGCAGUGUUAUGGCUGAUGGUUCAGGAAGAGUCGUCAAUGUAAAUGGAAAAGAUUUUGGAAAUUUUGACGUACUGGAUGUUAAAAUUAACAAAGACGAAACUGAUAGUAAAAAAAUAGUAACUGUUAAAAUUGAUAAUUUAAAUUUGACUGUUGAUACAACGAGAGGAGGAGUUUGGGUUUAUUUAAAAAGCCUGAGUAAUAAUCAAAAUUAUAAUUCGAUCCCGAGAAUUCAAGUAAGUGCUUCUGAAAAAGUUCACACUCUAGACAGUAAAACCCUCUCGCCCUUCGACACCCUGGUGAUUACCUUGCCCUUGGACGUGACCAGCCUCGACAGCAAAAAAAAGAUCAAUGUCUUCAUCAACGACAUGGUUGUGGUCCUCGACACAAGGAACUGGGUAUCUUUGUCCAUGAAAAACUCCAAGGACAUCUUUAAUAAUAACAAUAGUGUCUUCUACAGCUACAACGACGGAAACAAUAUUGACGUCGAGUACCACUGGGAUGGCGCUGGAGUCUCCUACUCCUUCAGCGGAGGCAGUGGACAUUUUGAUAAAGAAGCCUUUGACAAAGGAAUGAAACAACUCGAAGAUUCUAUGAAGAAAAUGCAGGAUAAUAUGCAGAAUAGUUUCCCCUGGAACUGGUCCUGGAAUUAAUUUUUGGAAUUAACUUGUUAAUAAAAUUAUUCUGUAGCUAAUAAUAAAACUUUCUAUCAAAGCGCGGUCUCUCUAGCUCUAAAAACGCGGGAAUUAGCAAAGUACUUGCGAGAGCGCCGCGCGACUUUUCGCCACCUAUCAGCAAAUCCAAAAACUAAAAUUUUUUUAAAUUUAGUAAUAUAAAAAUGAUUAUUUGUGAGUUAAUAAAAUUUAAUUGAGAAAAA